CUAUAUGGCCAUAUUUCCCUUUUCUCUCUUGUUCCAGGGUUCCAAAUUAAAGCCUUCACAGCACUGCGCUUCCUCUCAGAACCUUCUGAUGCUAUCACGAUGCGGGGAGGCAGCGUCCUUCUAGGCUGUUCCGCGGAGUCUGACCGAGGAGUUCCAGUGAUCAAGUGGAAGAAGGAUGGCAUCCAUCUAGCCUUGGGAAUGGAUGAACGGAAGCAGCAACUUGCGAAUGGGUCUCUGUUGAUACAAAACGUAUUUCACUCCAGACACCACAAGCCAGAUGAAGGACUUUACCAAUGUGAGGCGUCUUUAGGAGAUUCUGGAUCCAUUAUUAGUCGGACUGCAAAAGUCGCAGUAGCAGGACCACUGAGGUUUCUUUCCCAGACAGAAUCUGUCACAGCCUUCAUGGGAGACACAGUGCUUCUCAAGUGCGAGGUCAUUGGGGAGCCCAUGCCAACGAUACAUUGGCAGAAGAACCAACAAGACCUGACCCCAACCCCCGGCGACUCCCGAGUGGUGGUCUUGCCCUCUGGAGCACUGCAGAUCAGCCGCCUUCAGCCAGGGGACACUGGAAUUUAUCGCUGCUUAGCUCGGAAUCCAGCCAGCUCAAGAACAGGAAAUGAAGCAGAAGUCAGGAUUUUAUCAGAUCCAGGGCUGCAUAGGCAGCUGUAUUUUCUGCAAAGACCAUCCAAUGUCGUAGCCAUUGAAGGAAAAGAUGCAGUCCUGGAGUGUUGUGUUUCUGGCUAUCCUCCGCCGAGUUUCACCUGGUUACGAGGCGAGGAAGUCGUCCAACUCAGGUCUAAAAAGUAUUCAUUAUUGGGUGGAAGCAACUUGCUCAUCUCCAAUGUGACAGAUGAUGAUAGUGGAACUUACACCUGUGUUGUCACGUAUAAAAACGAGAAUAUUAGUGCCUCUGCAGAGCUCACAGUCUUGGUUCCACCAUGGUUUUUAAAUCACCCCUCCAAUCUCUAUGCCUAUGAAAGCAUGGACAUUGAGUUUGAAUGUGCCGUCUCGGGAAAGCCUGUGCCCACUGUGAACUGGAUGAAAAAUGGAGACGUGGUCAUUCCCAGUGACUAUUUUCAGAUAGUGGGAGGAAGCAACUUACGGAUCCUUGGGGUCGUGAAGUCAGAUGAAGGCUUUUAUCAAUGUGUGGCUGAAAAUGAAGCCGGAAAUGCUCAGACUAGUGCCCAGCUCAUCGUCCCUAAGCCUGCUUUCCCCAGCUCCAGUGUCCUCCCUUCAGCUCCCAGAGAUGUGGUCCCCGUCUUGGUUUCCAGUCGAUUCAUCCGUCUCAGCUGGCGCCCACCUGCAGAAGCAAAAGGGAACAUUCAAACGUUCACGGUCUUUUUCUCCAGGGAAGGUGACAACAGGGAACGAGCAUUGAACACAACCCAGCCCGGAUCCCUUCAGCUCACUGUGGGAAAUCUGAAGCCAGAAGCCAUGUACACGUUCCGUGUCGUGGCCUACAAUGAGUGGGGACCAGGAGAGAGUUCUCAGCCCGUCAAGGUGGCUACUCAGCCUGAAUUGCAAGUCCCGGGGCCAGUAGAAAGCCUGCAAGCUGUAUCUACCUCACCUACCUCGAUUCUCAUUACCUGGGAACCCCCUGCCUAUGCAAAUGGUCCAGUCCAAGGUUACAGAUUGUUCUGCACGGAGGUGUCCACGGGCAAAGAACAGAAUAUAGAAGUUGAUGGAUUAUCUUAUAAACUGGAAGGCCUGAAAAAAUUCACAGAAUAUAAUCUUCGCUUCUUAGCUUAUAAUCGCUAUGGUCCAGGAGUAUCUACGGAUGAUAUAACAGUGGUUACACUUUCUGAUGUGCCAAGUUCUCCACCUCAGAACAUCUCCCUGGAAGUGGUCAAUUCGAGGAGUAUCAAAGUAAGCUGGCUGCCGCCUCCAUCGGGAACACAAAAUGGAUUUAUUACUGGUUAUAAAAUUCGGCACAGAAAGACGACCCGCAGGGGUGAGAUGGAAACGCUGGAGCCCAACAACCUCUGGUACCUGUUCACAGGACUGGAGAAAGGAAGUCAGUACAGUUUCCAAGUGUCAGCCAUGACAGUCAACGGCACUGGGCCACCUUCCAACUGGUACACGGCAGAGACCCCAGAGAAUGAUCUGGAUGAGUCAAGUUCCCAUUAUGUAAUCUCCCUAAAAGCUUUUAACAACGCAGGAGAAGGAGUUCCUCUUUAUGAAAGUGCCACCACCAGAUCUAUAACAGACCCCACGGACCCAGUUGAUUAUUACCCUUUGAUUGAUGAUUUCCCCACCUCGGUCCCAGAUGUCUCCACCCCCAUGCUCCCACCAGUAGGUGUACAGGCUGUGGCUCUUACCCAUGAUGCCGUGAGGGUCAGCUGGGCAGACAACUCUGUCCCCAAGAACCAAAAAACGUCCGAGGUGCGACUUUACACUGUUCGGUGGAGGACCAGCUUUUCUGCGAGUGCAAAAUAUAAGUCAGAAGACACAACAUCUCUAAGUUACACAGCAACAGGCCUCAAACCAAACACAAUGUAUGAAUUCUCGGUCAUGGUGACCAAAAACAGAAGGUCCAGCACCUGGAGCAUGACGGCACACGCCACCACGUAUGAAGCAGCCCCGACCUCUGCUCCCAAAGAUCUGACAGUCAUUACUCGGGAAGGGAAGCCUCGUGCUGUCAUUGUGAGCUGGCAGCCUCCCUUGGAAGCCAAUGGGAAAAUUACUGCUUACAUCUUGUUUUAUACGUUGGACAAGAACAUCCCCAUCGAUGACUGGAUUAUGGAAACGAUCAGUGGGGAUCGGCUGACUCAUCAAAUCAUGGAUCUCAACCUUGACACUAUGUAUUACUUUCGAAUUCAAGCUCGGAAUGCAAAAGGAGUGGGGCCCCUCUCUGACCCCAUCCUCUUCAGGACGCUGAAAGUGGAACACCCUGACAAAAUGGCUAAUGACCAAGGUCGCCAUGGAGAUGGAGGUUAUUGGCCCGUUGAUACUAAUUUGAUUGAUAGAAGCACCCUAAAUGAGCCACCCAUUGGACAGAUGCAUCCCCCACAUGGCAGCGUCACCCCUCAGAAGAACAGCAACCUGCUUGUGAUCAUUGUGGUCACUGUUGGUGUCAUCACAGUGCUGGCAGUGGUGAUCGUGGCUGUGAUUUGCACCCGACGCUCUUCAGCCCAGCAGAGAAAGAAACGGGCCACCCACAGCAUCGGCAAAAGGAAGGGCAGCCAGAAGGACCUCCGACCUCCUGAUCUUUGGAUCCAUCAUGAAGAAAUGGAGAUGAAAAAUAUCGAGAAGCCCUCAGGCACUGACCCCGCAGGAAGGGACUCUCCCAUUCAGAGUUGCCAAGACCUCACACCAGUCAGCCACAGCCAGUCAGAAACCCAACUGGGAAGCAAAAGCACCUCUCAUUCAGGUCAGGACACUGAGGAGGCAGGGAGCUCCAUGUCCACCCUGGAGAGGUCCCUGGCUGCACGCCGGGCCACCCGGGCCAAGCUUAUGAUCCCCAUGGACGCACAGUCCAGCAAUCCUGCUGUUGUGAGCGCCAUCCCUGUGCCAACCCUAGAAAGUGCCCAGUACCCAGGGAUCCUCCCGUCUCCCACGUGUGGAUACCCCCACCCGCAGUUCACUCUCCGGCCUGUGCCAUUCCCAACACUGUCGGUGGACCGAGGUUUCGGAGCAGGAAGAAGUCAAUCUGUGAGUGAAGGGCCGACCACCCAACAACCACCCAUGCUGCCCCCAUCUCAACCAGAGCAUCCCAGCAGUGAGGAGGCACCAAGCAGAACCAUCCCCACCGCCUGCGUCCGACCAACUCAUCCACUCCGCAGCUUUGCUAACCCUUUGCUACCUCCACCAAUGAGUGCAAUAGAACCGAAAGUCCCUUACACACCACUUUUGUCUCAGCCAGGGCCCACUCUUCCUAAGACUCAUGUUAAAACAGCCUCUCUUGGGUUGGCUGGAAAAGCAAGAUCCCCUUUGCUUCCUGUGUCUGUGCCAACAGCCCCUGAAGUGUCAGAGGAAAGCCACAAACCAACGGAGGAUUCAGCGAAUGUUUACGAACAGGAUGAUUUGAGUGAACAAAUGGCGAGUUUGGAAGGGCUCAUGAAGCAACUUAAUGCCAUCACAGGUUCAGCUUUUUAA